UCUGAGCUCUCUAAGUAAGCUUAAUUUGAGAAAAAUGAAAGUAAUUUCAACCAAGGAGUUGAUUUUAUUUGCUUUAGCUACAGUGGUCUUUCUAACAUCGAAUAGUAUGUGCCUAGAUGAACUGAUGAAGUCCAGUCUGCAGAGCAGAGAAGACGAUGAUGAUAAAUAUUACGAGAUUAAAGAUAAUAUCUUGGAAGAAAAGCAGAGGAGUCUCAAUUUUGAAGAAAUGAAAGACUGGGGAUCAAAAAAUAUCAUUAAAAUGAACCCUGCUACGGUAAACAAGAUGCCAAAUUCAGUUGCUAAUUUACCUCUUAGGUUUGGAAGAAAUUAUCCAGAAGAAAGAAGCAUUAAACCAAUUGCUAAUUUGCCCCUGAGAUUUGGGAGAGCUUUUGGAGAGAACAUAUCUAGGCGUGCUCCAAAGGUUUCACAUAGGCUUGGGAGAUCUCCACUUGUUAAAAGUUCCGGUCAAUCACUUCUAAAUUUGCCACAGAGGUUUGGGAAGUCACUGUCCGUCAGACUGCCUCAAGAUGCUCAGGAAUCUGAACCAGGGAUAUGAAUUCUAACAGUUAUGUUAAUACUGGAAUGAAAUCGUGAAGACAGAAACUGGGACACUUGGAAAAGCUGCAAUGUGUUUUCAAAACUAAAGAAAGAUCAUGAAAAGGAAACAUAUGAGAACUGAAAUGUAAACCUGUCUUCACGUUAUGAAUAAUGUAUUUAUUCUGUACAAACCCUUGAUGUAUAAGGCAAUGAUAAUUGUAGUGAUCAUUGUAGUAGUUUACUUCAGUGGCAGUGUAGUAUGAAUUCUAUUUACUUCUGUGCGACUUACGUCCUGUUGGUUGUAAAACCUAAUUUCAGAACAAUGGCUGUAUAAUUGAAAGCAUUUUAAGCAAAAAUAAAAGAAGCAUAGUAUGAAUACAGAAGCAUGGUACAAAUAAAAAGAAGCCUAUGAUGUGAAUAACAAACAGAAGCAGGAUCAAAACCACCAGUACUGUUUGUGUCAUAUGCAGAUAAAGAAAAACAAGU